AUGCAAAAUAGCAAAUUUCGCCUAGCACUUUCAGCAGCAAAAGAGGGAGCAGAACAGAACGAGCUUCCUGUUGGAUGCGCACUCUUCUACAACGGCAUUCUGUUCAAGACGGAACACAACAAGACCAACGUAAAUGAAGACCCAUUGGCUCACUGUGAACUCCUUGUUUUAAGGGAGUUUAUUCAGACUCACAAUAAUGUAUCAGAAUACAGUAUGGAGUUAUACGUCACCCUGGAACCAUGUGUGAUGUGUUAUAGGGCAUAUAGUGAUUUAUGUGAUGAGACACAGUCAGUAUCAAUCGUAUUUGGGGCAUAUAAUGAAAUAUUUGGAAUGACAAAAGUGUUCAGAAAUGGAAUGAAUACCAGUUUACUGUACAGGUGCAUUGAGAGUGAAGAAGCAGUUGAAAUUGUACGGGAAUUUUACAAAAAUAACAGAAAUAUAAGGGUAGGACAAGUAUCAGGGGAAUCAACCAGUCAAAAUCGGUGA